GUUAAGCAAAGAGCACACACACAUGCACAAUUCAAAGUAAGAAGACAGAAAUAGAGAAAAAAUCCCACAGAAGAUAACUGUGCUUGUGUUUUUGGGUUGGAUUGAACAAGCGCAGACAGCUCAGCCAUGUCUCGACAGGUGGUCCAGGUCCAGCCGGAGAGCAGGGGUCAGGAGGCAGGUCAAUGGAGUACUGGCCUGUGUGAGUGCCAUAAAGACAUGGGUGACUGCUGCUUUGCCCUGUGCUGCCUCCCAGUGUACACCUGUAGGGUGACCAGUGCGCUGGGUGCCUGUCCAUGUCUGCCUCUGCUGGACUGUAUUGCCUGCGUGCCACCGGCAUCUCUCGCCAUGAGGGCGUCUAUCAGGGAACGAUACGGCAUACGGGGAAGUGUGUGGAGCGACUGCCUGUACGGAUGCUGCUGCUAUCCUCUAUCUUGGCUCCAGAUCUCCAGAGAGCUGAAGAGAAGAGCAGCAUCCCACGCCUCCUCCUCUUCCUCCUCAGCCAGAUACACUGCUCUGACCACCCUGCAGGGGGCGCACCUGGUCUAGGCACAUGCAGCACUCCUUUUGUUUUAAUUUGUCUUUUUAUUAACGGGUUCUGAAAUGUGCAUUCACUAGUGAAACAAUCUCAAAUUGUCAAAAUGUUACAAAAAAAAUGGUACAAGAAGCAACAGUCUUCAAAGAAAAAAAGAAAAGUACAGGACAUGUGCAAUAAUACAAAACCAUUUAAUAAGAUAAAGUAUACACAAAUUUGAAUACAAACAUGAACACACACAAGGUUUCACCUAAUUUGUUAUACAAUUAUGAGAUUUGCAUGAAUUAAUUGUUUUGGUUAGUUUUUCAUGUAGUAGUCUUAAAUCCACACGCAGCCCUCCUGUGUUCUGUCCUCGGCUGCAGCCUGCCCUCCAGUGUUCAGGAGUUGAUUUAAUCACACUUCCUCCAAUCCGCGGGCACUCCCUGUUACCUCAGAGAAUUCAGCCAAGUCACAACGUUCAGCUUGUCCCCUGAUGAAGUGAAAGACGUGUGAUAACAGUUAAACAUUAGACCAGAAUCGUUGUUUUGAGUAGCAGUGGAGGAAAGUAACUGAGCACAUUUACUCAAAGCGCAAUUUUGAGGUACACUCUAAGAAAUAAAUCCAUAAAAUAACAGAAAAAAAGGUCCUGGCAGCUCAUUACCUGUAAUUAAAAACUAAAAUUGUGUGUGCAGCCGAAGUAAAAACCCAGAACAUUUUCUGUUAAAAUUUUAAUUAAUUAAGAUUUUGAAGCUUGUUUUAAUGCUUUUUAUUUACUCUUUUGGCCCUUUUUUCUUUUACACUUUCAACAUUUUCAAUGCUUUUUGUUGCACUUUUGAAGCUUUUUUUUUUAGGCUUUUGACGCUCCCUAAUCCAGGUACUUUCUACUGAAAUGCAAACAGAUUAAUUGUGUUGCUUUCGCCUCCAUGGACACCAAAAGUUGCCGGAGCACAGAUAAAGGUCCCAUGAUGCAUUCUGAAAUGUAAAUAAACACAAAUACAACUGUGAAUCACGUUCUAUCGAACAUUUCUAUUA